AUGUCAAGUCCCCCCGGGAGCGAAGCCGCUGCCCAAAGAGCCGCUGCUCAGCAGGACAUGCUUCACCGGGUCGACGAGGACACGCCUACAAGAGAAACUGUCGGAGGCGAUGAUGCGAAUCCAGAAGGGGGCGACGCCGCAGCCACGCCUGAAGUGGAUGAUGCACAUCAACAAGGUGACGAUGUCGACAAGACUAUAGGCGCCGAAGAGGAGGAUGGAGGCAAUGAUGCAGAUCGCCAGAGCGGCGAUGUCGCACCCCAGUUGGCUGCAGAUGAUACCGCUAAUCCUGCCGAUGCGGUCGACAAGACUAUAGGCGCCGAAGAGGAGGAUGGAGGCAAUGAUGCAGAUCGCCAGAGCGGCGAUGUCGCACCCCAGUUGGCUGCAGAUGAUACCGCUAAUCCUGCCGAUGCGGUCGACAAGACUAUAGGCGCCGAAGAGGAGGAUGGAGGCAAUGAUGCAGAUCGCCAGAGCGGCGAUGUCGCACCCCAGUUGGCUGCAGAUGAUACCGCUAAUCCUGCCGAUGCGGAAGCAGAAAGUGAUGAAGUGGAAGACGUUCCUCAGCAUGAAGUGAAAGGGGAGCAGGCUGCAGUUGCCGAAGCAGUUCCUGAUGCAGACGCUCUUGAGCUUGGAAAGGCAGCCGCCAGCGACAGCAAGACGCUGGCCCACACCAGCGGCGAUGAAGAGCCAAAGAAAGGCAAGCGAGGCCGGCCGCCAAAGCAAGCGCCUGACUCAAGCCAAAAGCCGAAGAAGCCGUCGAAAGGUAAGAAAGAAGGGGCAAAGCCGGAGAAGAAAGCAGUCGAAGCAGUGAGCGACAAGUCAGCUCAGAGUUCGAAAGGCGAUGCAAAGCCAGCGGAGCUCAAGGAACCAGAGGCAGAUUCAGGCAGAGGCCGCAAACGCGGACGUGCGCGCUCGGAAGCAGGUGCAGAUGAGGAAGCUGGUGGCGGAGCCCGCGCACGUGGCAAGUAUUCAUGGCCUCCAGAUCCUGAUGAAGCACGCCUUACUCCGGAAGGCGCUGUUUGUGAUGCGCAAUCACGUCUCAAGCUCAGCGCCUACUCGGAUCUGAAAACACUCUUUCCAGACGAGGCUGCGCCUGCGAGGCAUCCUGAUCCAGAGAACCCUGGAAUACGCGAAGAAGAGCUAGCAGGAGCAGAGGCUGCCAUCUCCCUUGAAUUUCUGAUCAACUGGAGUGAUGACAAGGGUGCCGGAUGGAGGACCCUGCGCCAGGCCAUCCAAGGUAAGAACAAAGCCGAAAGUAGAUGGUUCGGGGCACGAUCCUGGGGCAGCUGGCGAAUGGCCUUCCUCAUGGCACGCCUGCAGAGAGAUGUCUGGCAGCGGGCAGCUGCAGCAUCAGCAGCUCCUGACGCAGCAGCAGCCGCUGCAGAGGAGCCGGCAGCAGAAGAGGCAGCGCCGCCGGCUGAUCCGUUACAGAAGGUACUGCAUGGUCCAGAACCAUGGAAGAUCUUCUCUCCCAAAGUCAUCGACCUGCGUUUGUGCAUGGCUCGGACAUGGAACGACGGCAAGGGUGGACAGUGCUCAGAGCCUCGGGAGGAUGGCUGCGAUCUCUGCUACAAAUGUAUGAGGAGAGCUGCCAGCGUAGCGGGCCUGAUCUAUGGCAUGGUGGAUGGGCCGAUUCCGCCGGGCAGGUUGGAGCAGUUCGAGCGGGCUGCGGUGACAGGCGCGACUGGAGCAAAAGCAGCUGCCAAAGAUGGCGAUGAGCCUUCCCGGCCCAGAAACGUCAAAACACGGCUGCGAGCAAAGACCGCCCCCGCGGCGGGGCCAAAGGAGCCAAAGCAGCCAGAGGCUAAAGCGGCCAAACGCAAGAGAAGGUCAGGAAGGCCCGACAAGGCACAGCCGGAAGAGCCUCCGGCAGGCGUGCUGCAGGAGGAGCCUCCGAGGCAGAGGAACCGCGCAAAGAGGAAGCAGCCGGAAGAGCAGCCCCCAGACACGGAGCCGCCACCGCCACCUGGAUACCGGAGUCGACGAUUGCAGUCCCAACAGCCCUCCAAAGAAGAGGCGCGUGAGCAUGUGCGCCAAAGAUGGAGCAGCGUCGGCCACGCGAUGGACGAGGCCCUGGAGCAGAUCGAGGCCGAAGCCAAGCUGGGCCCCGUUGGCUCCUACCAGCACUCCGACGGGUUCAUCCCACUCUCGAACAUCGGGCAUGCCAUAGCUGGGAUGUCCAAAACAUCAAAAACAUCCCACCGCCUGAGGUUUGCCAUGAUACUGCGUGAGAGCGUAUUACAACAAAAGGAGGCCGGCGUGGCGUUCGUGCAGGGCGGCGGUGUCUCGGAGAUCCGCUCCUGGCUGCAGUCUGCGCUCAACAGAGACACCCCACCAGAAGCACUGAGGCAGCACGAGGCCGUUGCCCUCGAGUGUCUCGCCCUUCUUGAGGAGCUGCCAAUGACCCUGGACUGCCUGAAGGCAACUGGCAUUGGACGCACGCUCACUGGGCUGCGGAGCUAUUGCGAGCCGGCGAUGGUGGAUGCAGGGGCGUUGGUUGCGAAGUGGACGCAGCAGUUUCAGAAAGAGCUGGAGAUAGCAAGCCGCAAGGAGGCGGCCGUAAAGACGGAGGCAGCGCAGGCGCCGCAGACAGCUGUGAAGGUCGAACGUGCGAGGAAGGUGCAGUCGAAGCAGGAGCCCAUCCAAGGCCAAAGAGUCUUCAAAGAUCUGGGCGCAGCACGGUCGUCAUCUUCAGCGGCGGCUGCAGCAGAACGGCCCUCGCUGGUGCCCGGUCAGGGAUCAAACAGGUCCGGACCUUCCAUCAAGUCCUCUGCACGGGCGAAAAUGAUGCAGAUGCGGAGUCGGCAGAAGAAACCCAGCAACAAAACGGAGGAUGUCCUGCGAGAACUCUUCCUUCUGGGGAAGGUGCUGGACGAGUCGAAGAAGCCCGCAGGUAGCACGGUCAUCGACAUCGAGUGA